GGAGGAGGCAUGGAGGGGUAGACAGACCAAGGAUCUAGCUGGUCAGUCUUGUCUUAGUCGUGGUAGAGGGAGGAAGCAGUGCACAAGAGGACAUUUAGCUGUUGUCAAUGUGUUGGCGGCACCGAGUGAACAUUUUGUCCUACAGUAACCAAGAUAAAUCAACACACGCGAGGGAGUGAGUGUCAACAGCUCUGGACCAGUGACUCCCUCCACCUAUUGCACUGGGAUACAUGGCGGAGCAAAAUCUACGGCACAAACUACUGGAGAAUUAUGAUAAGACCUCCCUACCUGCCAUGAAGACAACGGUCAAGUUCAGGAUGACUAUCAAACACUUCGAUAUGAUCGAGGAUGAGCAGGCGCUAAGACUUGACGCCUGGAUGGUUAAUGAGUGGGUGGACCAUCGUCUACAGUGGGACCCGGAGUUAUACGAGGGCCUGGAGAAGCUCUCGUUCCCUCACCAGAUCCUGUGGAAGCCUGACCUGGACAUCUACAACAGUGCCAGGAUAGGAGAGUCUCUAUCCUUCGGGGACACUCUGCUCAUAGUGUUCAGCAAUGGCCGGGUGUUAUUCGUCCCACCAGUACAGCUUCACUUCACCUGCGCCAUGGACCUGACCUACUGGCCUCACGACACACACAACUGUACCCUCACUAUUGGUUCCUGGGUCCACGAUGGUCACACUAUUGAUCCACAGAUUAUGGACGAAAAGCCUGAGUUUGACAUCCCGGUGGAUCUGACGGAAAGCGGGAAGAACUUGACGCGGGGGUCGUGGGACGUGAAGGGGUCUAACAUGACGAGAAAGGUGUCCAAAUACGACUGCUGUCCGGAGCUGUACAUUACACUGAUCAUCUCUCUCAAGCUGCAGAGGAACGCACCAGCCUAUGCAUGGACCGUCAGGCUACCCGCUGUUGGUAUGUGUAUCCUGACGGUGGUGUUGUUCCUACUGCCGCCGGGAGCUGGGGAGAAGUUGGUCUUCGGUGGAUUGUGUCUCAUUCUGGACUUGCUCUUCAUCGCCUACACGUCCAACAUAGUCUCUCACGCCCCCACUCACACCCCACUCAUAAUUGAACUGGUGUGUGAACAACUGCUGCUGGUGAUCGGGAGUGUGGUGCUGGCAGCGUUCACAACCAGGAUGGCCAGAGACCCCCACACCUGCGGUCUACCUGUGUGUGUCAGACAGGUCCUCCUCAUGCUGUCCGUCUGUCUCUGUCUCCAAAACUACAAGAAUCUCGUGGCCAGAUCUCACCAGCCAUACACGCGGACGGUCAAGACGGAGGAGCUGGAGAUGGGAGAGAGCAGCGCGGCGCAGUUGUACGGGGGGAUGUCUGGUGACUUUACUACGCCGUGUGGGCUAGACUGGCUCCUGUUGGCUGCCGUUAUCGAUCGCAUCUGUCUAAUCGUCUUUGUAGCUAUCUUUAUAAUGAAUAUGAUCUCCUUUAGUGCUGUCCUCUGAGCCUCUCCUCCUCUGUCCCUCAUGAUUCCAAUCUUCACGUCACACUCGACCUCUUCCCAAUCUGUAAUUAAUGAUUGUUAUUGUGGAUUAAACAUCAGAAGGUGUUGAAGUAUACAGAGACAUAUAUUUGACUGAGUGCCUCCUCUAAGAGCAGGACCUCUACUGAACGGCCUCUCACGACACAUUGUAAAGAUGUUCCACCUCUUUGUUUGUGUCCGACUGAAUAGAGACACAAAUGCACACUAUUUACAUGAUUAUUACAGUAUCUGUCUUUCCCUCGGCCUUCAUUAAACUAGCAACUAUACCUGUAAAUUCUCAUAUAUAUGUAACAACACACCUGGUGGCUGCUAGCAUCAGGUGUGUUGGUGUUGUAACUUAAGUGAAUCAGCAAAAGGUGUUCUCCCACUAUGGUCGUGGUAAUAAUUCGAACAUUCACACCAUGGCUCCAGGUUCUGAAUGAUUUGAAUAUUUGUUAUCCAAUUAACUGACUGACUCACUUAAGCUAUGACACCAAGAGGCAAGACAGUCACAGAUGCCAUUAGUUUGGGGAUUAUAAUGUUGGAACUUUGAGAUUCUGCCAGUAGGGGAGAGGACGCCGGGUUAAGUCAUCUUCCUGUGUUUGUGUGGUUGUGUUGCCUCUGCCAUGGACGCCACCUGCAAUAUAUUAUGUAAA